AUGGCCGGCUUUGGUAAAUCUCAAAAGGGUCGUGGCGGCAUAAGCGGUGGGAUGGGUCAGAGCCCUAUUCCGGAGACAAUCCCACCGCGUGGCUCGACUCUUGCUCCACAGGCGUCGCCGCGUGGCUCUGCUUCACACCCACAGCCGAUCCAUCCCCAACCGCUUCGUCCACCGCCGUACGUUCCACCACAGUGGACUCCACCACCGUACAAUCCACCGCCGGAAGGUCCAGAGACAGACGCUGAACCAAUGGAGGAUCAAUUCCCGGAACAGGCUCAACCACCACCGCAUCAAGAUCCACCGAUGAGUAUCCACGACUUGCUGCAAACACCAGGUCGUGCUGACUAUUUACCCAUCUUGGACCCUCUUCCCACCGCAAACACAAUAUGGUUUGAUCGGGAUGAUGGCAAAUUGGUUCGCAAAAUAUCCAAGAUUUUGAAAAGCAAGUUUGAUGGUCCAUACUACUGCUGGACAAAAACGCCUCCAUAUGUUCAAGAUAGGUGUUUCAUAGCCUUUGCGCAAGCAUACCAUUGGGAUCCCUUGGUCCAUUCACUCGUGGAAGACGAAUUCAAGGCCAUUGCAUUGAAUCGGAUGAAAGACAUGGUCUCCAAAGCAAGGACAAAACGGGUUCGACCAAGUUGGAUUGGGGAAACAUUGUGGGAGAGUAUGUGCGCUUACUGGUCCACCGAGGAGGCCAAAGCGAGAAGUUCUACUGCAUCAAAUGCAAUCAAAUUUCCGAAAGAUGGACUUGGCAAGCGCAUACAUCGGUCAGGACAAAAGUCCUAUUCACGCAUUCAGAGAGAUAUGGAAAAAGAGCUUGGAAGACCGGUGUCAAUCGGAGAAGUGUUCAUAAGGACACAUACACUGCCUGACGGAAGUUUCGUUGAUCCAAAGCCUCAGCAGAUUGCUGAGACUUAUGAAAAAAACUUAGAGGACGAGAUGUCUCAGCUUAUGGAUGACGAAACUGAUUGUUCUUCUGAGCUUACCACAGCUGCAAAAGACAAUGUCUUUCUCAAGUCAACGGUAACAGAUGAUAGAGGCCAAGAGUUUGGUCUUGGUAGUCUCCGGAGACACUAUGGCAACGGGAAGAGGAAGAGAGGGGCAGGGACCUCAACUGUCUGUGCUAUUUCGGAGAUGCAAGAGCAGUUGCAAGCUGCUCAACGCAAAAUUGAAGAGCAGGCAGCGGCUAUUGCUGCACGGCAAGUGGAAUCAGCUAAGCAACUUGACCGCAUCGGCAAUCUGGAGAUGGUCUUGAGCUAA